AGAGAGCUUUUAGAGUCAGUUUAAAGGGAUUGGACGACGGAGCGGAACCCAUGUCCUGUCACUGUGCAGAUCCAGUCCGGUGCUUGGGGCCAGCCGUAGUCAUAGUGUGCACUAUUGUGUGCGGCUGAAGGAGAAGAAGGGAAAAAAAGGGGGGAAAGAAAGCCCAGGCCCUUUGUGUGGUGGAGAGACUCACCAGGAGAGAGGUUUUCUCAUUACUUCAGCUUUGCCAGCAAGGCAAGGCAAGGCAAGACUCUACCGCUGACACACACACAUACACACCGAACACAAACACACACACACACACACACACACACACACACACACACACACACACACACACACACACACACACACACACACACACACACACACACACACACACACACACACGGCGUGCUGGCUGGCUGCUUCUCUGCCAGUUACAUAUGUGUGGCAUUCGGAGUGGCCAACAGGGACACACCACCGACCGACCGGGCUUCUCCUCCUGAUGAUAAGAGUCGACGUUGACGUCAGAGACUGGCCCCAUGAAUAUUGAUGUUGGAGGAUAGUCUGUUUCAUAGAAGAACAGAAGGAAGCAAGAUGGCGGCCCUUUAGGAUUUGUUAAAGAGGAGAUCCAGACGGUUUGUUGGAAUUUCUACAAAGUGGAGGGACGUAAAAAGAGGACGCACAGAGGGCAGCCCUGUUAAUGGACUCAGAGCAGGCCAGAUGGAAACAGAAAAGGCCAGCCAGGAGACGGAAGAAAGUCUGAUACUAGCACAACUCUGCGCCGCCACUCAACCAGACAACCUGAUCACCGCCAAGCUCCAAAAUGGCACCCAGUCGCCGGAAGGAGCCCAUCAGCAGAUCAACGGGGAUGGAAACUGGAACCUUUACAACAAGGCCGUGGCAGGGGUUGUCAACCCAAUGAAGAGACACAGGGAGAACUGUAGCAGUCCUGCCAGAGUGCAGGGACUGUUCAACCAAGGCUCUUAUAACAUGAUCAAUGGCGGGGAUCUGAAGCAUGCGCUCUGUGACCAGUCCUUACUGGGCCUUCACCAGGCCAAGAAACUCAGAUCGGAUUUGGAGAUUAAUGGAGGGGAUGGAGAGGAGAUGUGGGACAAAAAGGAUGGUGGGGACAUCAUGGACGAUUUCCCAGAGUUGACAAAGCCUGGGGAGUUUGACUGCGAUGGGACAAGACUGGAUAAGAGAAACUGUAAUACUUUCUCAAAUGGAGGGGAUAUUUUCUCACUAUCGAGGAACAAGCAAAUAGCUAACGGUGCUACAGUGAGCCCCAAUUCCAUUAAAGGCACACCUGGUGACCUUCUAGAGAAAACUCUGUCUCAGUAUUACCCAGAACAAGUGUCCAUCGCAGCACAGACGGGCGCGCAGGAGUUUCAACCAGAGGUGGGGUUGGUCGACGACAUUAGCUCACUCACCAACGAACUCCCUGAACUGCCUGAACAAGCCACGACGCAGUCACCUACCUCUCUUACCUCAGGGUUCCCUCCCAUUUCAGCCCAGAUGCCUGCCUCUGAGAAACAGCAGCAAACUGGGGUAGCAGCCCCUAAAGGGCAAGGCAGCAAUGGAUAUAACAACUCAGCUGCCCCGUAUAUGGUGAAUGGGUAUUCUAACAGUUACAGAGGAGAGCACCAGCAACAGCAGCCCGCUGACGGCUCACAACAUCAGAACAACACAGAGGGCAUUUACAGGAAACCUAACCAGGAGUUUAACCAUCAGAACUCUUUCCUGACCCCUCUAGAGCAGAGCACUCCGCUGCAGACAGAAGAGGACAUUGUGUUCAGCCCCGGCCCUUUCCCCAGCCCAGGCAUGGGGCAGAGUGAGGGGAGGCGCCGGCAGCAACAGUAUGGGAUGCAGCAACAGCAGACCGGGAACCCCUGUGGAGCUGACUCUACGGGCCCCCAGGGCUCCAUGGGCCCAGCUUCCCUGCCCGGUGGUAGCGAGCCCGGACCCCAACGCUCCCAUCAAAACGGGAUGAUGAAAGACCCGACCCAGCAGCAGCAGAGAGGAGGAGCGGAUCCCAGUUGCCCUAAUUCCCAGAUGGGCUGGAUAGAUCUAAACUCCCGGGGCCAGAGGCUGGAGCCCGACUCAGCACGGAGGUUCCAGACAGGGGGACAAAGCUUCGACGUAGGACCCACCGGAGGGGCCUACCAGCAACAGCAGCCGCGGCCGGCCCAGUCGCCUCACCAAGCGCCUCCUGCCCAACACAACCCUGCCCCAGAGUGGCAGCAGCAGGCCGACUCUAAAGGCCCUUCUCACAUGCACCAACAACAGUGUAAUCUUCCUCCUCAACAGCAGCCACAUACACAACACAUGCACCAGCAGCAGUGUAAUCUUCCUCCUCCUCAACAGCAGCAGCAAGGGGAGAAUUGUUUUCGAGCCCCCAUGCAGCCAGAGCACUUAUGCGAAGGCGACCCAGAUCUAGAGGAAAUACUAUCACCUAGCUUUUUGCAGCCGCCACAACAUCCACAACAUCAACAGCAGCAGCAGCGCCCGCUGUCCCAUCCGUCUCAGUACGACGGACAGCAGUCGGUCAACGCACCCCAGUCGCAGGACCCCAACCAGGGCACGAUGGACGGUCAACAGCUAAACAAACUCAAGCUGGAGGACUACAUCAGGCUAGAGAAGAAGCUGAAAUCCCCUGCUGGAGGCUACAGAGGUCAGGGUGGUCAACCCCAGCCUGGGCACCAGCAGCAGAUACAGUCUAUGAUGAGAAACAACCCUGGGUACAAUCCUGUAGACCCCUCUCAGCCCAACGACGCACAGCAGUCCCAGCAGGCGUCAUGGAGACAGAGCAGCAGUAAUACCAUGGAGAUGGAGAUGGAGCUGGAGAUGAAGCAGCAACAACAACAGCAGCACCAACAACAACAGCAGAGGCAGUACACUCCAAGCCCCGGACCCAAGCAAUACUCCCACCAGCAGCCGCCACCGCCCCACCUCCGACAACCACACCCCAACCACAUGGACUUCCCCCUUACCCAGACCCCCCCACAACCGCUACCUCACUUACCACACGGUGCUUUAAACCAGCAGGUGUCUGCACAGCAACAGCAGAUGUAUCCUAAAAUGGAGCAGAAUCAGCAGGAGUCUUGCGCCCAGUUCCAGAGGGGGGGGCCUCCACCCCUGGGACAUGGGGGACCCCAGGGGGACUUCCAGAGGCACGCGGCCCUGAGGAUGCAUCUUCUACAGAGGCAGUCUGAGCGUGGGUCUCUGGGUCACACUCAUCCACAGACCCCUGUAGACUACAAGCGCGGCGUCCGGCCCAUCAAGAUGGUGAAUGGGCCGCGGUUCGAACACCCUCACCACCAAGGGCCUGGACCGCCGCCCUUGAUGCAGCAUCAACAGCAGGGCCGGGAGAUGGGUAUGGUAGCGGGGGGCAUCCAGGUCAAGCAGGAGUACAAUCCACAGCCCCAGACGUCGUGCUGCGGCGAGCAGAGCCAGAGCAGCUCCCAGCGGAGCAUCCUAGCCACCAUGGAGCAGACUCUCAGACAGUAUCAGCUUUCGCCAGUCUUCGACAGGAAGUCCCUCGUCAUCAGGUCACCCAACAAGGUCAAGGUGGAGCAGUCUGGCGCUGUGACGGUGCUCUCGACCCACGCGGACCUGGACGGUGGGUUGGGUGGGAUGGAGGACAUGGGGAUGGGGCGCCCUGGCUCCAAUGGGCUGAAAAGACCCCACCUAGACUUCACCCCCAAGCAGGAACCCCUGCUCCAGAGUUUUAUGAAUUCCCCCAUGAAACUCUUGGAUACUCCCAUUAAAAACCUAUUGGAUACUCCUAUCAAGACCCAGUAUGAUAUCCCUUCCUGCCACUGCAUGGAGUCAAUCAGUGAGAAGGACGAAGGGCCGUAUUACACUCACCUGGGCUCCGCUCCGAAUAUCAAGGCCAUCCGUGACAUCAUGGAGACAAGGUCUGGGCUAACUGGCAGUGCCAUCAGGAUUGAAAAAGUGGUGUACACAGGCAAAGAAGGGAAGAGUACACAGGGAUGCCCCAUUGCUAAAUGGGUGAUCCGGCGCGGCAGCGUGGACGAGAAACUCCUGGUGCUGGUGCGUGAGCGGGAGCGCCACAAGUGCGAGGCGGCGUGCAUCGUGGUGAUCAUCCUGAUCUGGGACGGCAUCCCCACCACCAUGGCAGACCAGCUCUACAUGGAGCUCAGCGACACGCUGACGAGACACGGCGCCCUCACCCAGCGACGAUGUGCUAUCAACGAAGAGAGGACGUGUGCGUGCCAGGGGCUGGACCCAGAGGCCUGUGGUGCUUCCUUCUCCUUUGGCUGUUCCUGGAGCAUGUACUACAACGGCUGCAAGUUUGCAAGGAGCAAAAUCCCACGCAAAUUCAAGCUAACUGGGGACGACCCAAAAGAGGAAGAAAGGCUGGAGCAAAACCUUCAGAAUCUGGCAACCCUAAUGGCCCCCACAUACAAAACCCUGGCACCGGAUGCCUAUCAAAACCAGGUGGAACAUGAGCAAAGGGCGCCAGACUGCCGUCUGGGAAAGGGGGAGGGGCGACCUUUCUCCGGGGUCACCGCUUGUAUGGACUUCUGUGCUCAUGCUCACAGAGACCUCCACAACAUGCAGGGGGGCAGCACUGUGGUGUGCACGCUAACCAAGGAGGACAACCGCCAGAUCGGGAAGAUUCCGGAGGACGAGCAGCUCCAUGUGCUGCCCCUUUACAAGGCCUCACCAACGGACGAAUUUGGCAGUGCAGAGGGCCAGCAGGAGAAGAUCAAGACGGGCGCCAUCCAGGUGCUCAAUGCCUUCCGCCGCCAGAUCCGCAUGCUCUCCGAGCCCGCCAAGUCCUGCCGGCAGAAGAAGCUGGACGCCAAGCGGGCUGCCGCGAACAAGAACGCCGGUGGACCGGACACGCCAUCGAAGGCGGAGAAAGCCCUACAGGCCAAGCUGAAAUCUAGUAGCACUUAUGAGAGCAUAGCUCAGAGCACUCCUGGGACAGGUCCAAAUCCAGGCACCAUGGGAACGACCCCCCAGCCACCAGGUCAGCCGCCAGGUCACCCCCAAGGCGCCCACCUCCAGCAACUCCAGCAACAGCAGCACCAGAACGCCCUUCACGCCUUCCCUGGCUCCCCCCAUCCAGCCAGCCCCUACGUCCGCUUCCCCAACCACCCCGGCCCUUUUCAAAGCACUUCCAAGCCAGGUAGCAUGUACCCCCAGCCACCAGCUUCAGCAAGCUCUUACCCCUCCCCUUUGCACUUACCCACCUCUUACAUGAAUGGGUCGAAUCCACCAAGCUCUUAUCCCAGCCCCAUGACUCCAGGUAGCCCCUACCCGGGUUACCAGUGUAACGGAGGUACGCCCUUAGACAAUUACCACCCUUACUACACCUUGAACCCAAAGCACCUGGACAUGUACCGGCAACAGAGGCCAGGAGCGCUUUACCCCGACAUGCAGCAGCAGUAUGGUGCGCACCAACGCUAUGGGGUCAACUACCCUCCGCGGUAUGGUGAGCCCGGUUUACAGAUCAAUGGUUACAGCAACUGUAGCAGCAUGAGGUCCGGCAUCCACCCCAUGAGCCCCUACGGUCCCCCCUCGUACGGUCCCAGCGGUGCCCCCGACGCCCAAUAUCUGGAUGCCCUCUCCAGGCCACCCUCAGCCCACCACCCAGGGCUGGACUAUGCAGCAGCAGUAAGCAAAGGCAAUCAGUUUGGUGGGUACCCCAACCCCUACCUCUCCCAGAGCACCAAAAUGUUCCCCCCAGGCGGCCCCCAGGACCCCUUCUGUAUGCAAGUCAAGACCGAGAUGGGUCUCCAAAGCCCGUGCAUGACACCCACGCAACCAGGGUUCCCAGGGCUCCCCAACGAACACCUCCACGGGGGUUCCCCCAUGAUCAAGCAGGAGCCCAGGUCGGGUCCGCCAACGCCCACCACACCCAAGGAGAAGCCGGCCAUGUGGUCCGACAACGAGCACAACUUCCUGGAUCCAGAGAUCGGCGGGGUGGCUGUGGCGCCCAGCCACGGCUCCAUCCUCAUCGAGUGUGCCAAACGGGAGAUGCAUGCCACCACGCCGCUAAAAAACCCCAAACGCAACCACCCCGCUCGCAUCUCCCUGGUGUUUUACCAGCACAAGAACAUGAACGAGGCGAAGCAUGGCCUGGCACUGUGGGAGGCCAAGAUGGCCGAGAAGCAACGGGAGAAGGAUGAGGACGCCGAGAGGAACGGGGCCGAGGGCACCACAGUGACGCCCAGCAAGAGCACUAAGAAGGGAGCGAAGAGGGAGCACCCGGAGCUGUCGGAGCAGCAAGGAGAGCCUCCAUAUAAGCGCUUCAUCCAGACCCUCAUGGAGAGGUCUAUGUCGUGCACCACAAACACCUACGUCAACACGUCGCCCUACGCUUUUACCAAGGUCACAGGGCCGUACAGCCGCUUCAUCUAGACAAGAGAUAUUCAUACUGUUCUGUAGGGUUCACUCAUGAGGAAUAACACUGAGAAUAAAAACUCACGGUGCUAUACUGACGGUGCUAUCUUAAAACCUCAAGCUGAAGCACCACUAGCCUCAAAACACAGAGCAUCCUCUCUCUCCCCACGGUAAGCAACAGUGUCAGAAGAACACACAGCGUGGGUGGAGAAGAAACUUGAUCAAUUUAAAGUCGUACCACGUUAUAGAGUACAUCAGGUUUGUCACCGCUUGAAAGUUCGGACCUUACUGAUUGGUUGGUUGACCCCCCUCUACUAAGGAAGUAUUUAUUAUCUGGUUACUUUUACAAGAUACACACUGUUAACAUUUCUCGGGUGCUUUGCAGGUCCAAUACAUCAGGACUUCUAUAUUUACUGGAAACAAUGUUUUUUUUGGUGGCUUUCAUUUUCUAAUUAAGCGUUUAAACAUUAUUUUUUAUAUAUAAUCUUGACAUACUGUAAAAAAAAACACUGAACUUUGUGGACACACCACAAUAACGGUGCUAAAAGUGGAGCGUGUCUUUAUUAUACAGUUUUGUUCAAAUGUCUUCAUGUUUGAACCAAAUCAGUGUGCAUAGAUAAACGCGUUUCUCCAGAUGAUUUGUGUGAAAAUGGAUGAAACUGAAAAUACUGUACAAAAUCGACAAAAUAUCAUCAGCAAAAAAAAAGCACUUUUGAUAUUGAAGGUAAAAUAUUUUGAUAAUACCUUCAGAUCAGAUGAUUGUUGCAAAAACGUCUACAGUUACAACAAAGGAAUUAUUUUCUAGACAUGAAAUUGAUAGAUUUAUCACAAAAACUUGAUUUAAAUUACUGUAGCCUACCUGUAAAACAGUAAGAAUAUCAUGCCAAUCUAAUUUUUACAUUUUACUUUCUGGUGCUUUCAGUUUCACAAUUGUUAUCAUGUCCUUUACAUUGUAAAUCGAGACAUUCUAAAAAAGGUGCAUUUUUAGACGGUAAUGAUUCAACAACAAAAAAUGUGAUUCUCGCAUAUUCUCUCAAGGGUUAUUUACUUUGUCAGCAACUGUUUCAGAGUUCUUGACCACAGGUUCACAGAAAAAAACCUGAAUUGUGGCUAUAUUACGUGUUGUCAUGCGACUGUUGUGUUUUGUGAACAUGUUCCUUACCUUCCUUUGGUGUAGGACAUGAAACAGGGUUAGCUCAUAUGUCAGUAUCACGGUUUCAAAGGCAGCUGGCUUGCUGUGGUUGAUCUUUAAAUAACUGUAAUCUAGUUGUAUGAUAAAAGAUUAGAUUUGUACAGUAAAUUAAUUACUCUUUUUUUAACGCUUUAGGAUUUUAGUGUUGUAAAGAAAAGUUAUAUUUCUUUGGGUUUGAACUGAUUUUAAUUACAUAUGGUGCUACUCAACUUGCUAUGCGAACAUAUAAUGUGAGACCCUAGGGGCGUUGAGAAGGCUAAUGAACGAUGUACAGUUAAAGUACCUACUUGCCAUAUACCUCAGAACUAGUUUGGCAAUAUUACAGGAGCAUGAUACAAAGACAUUUCCUUCUCCUUCCUUUGUUGUCACUUUCAGAAAAAGUUAACUACAAUAACAGACUUCAGGCCACCACCAAGGCUGAGUUCAUUGCUUACUGCUUUCUUCAUGCUCGAUCUACUAGGAAGAAUUACUUGAACUUUAAGCUUUGAUAUAAUAGCAAAAUCAGGGAUAUUUCAACUCAUUUCUGUACAUUCAUCUAGUUUUCCUCUCAUUCAGCGAUUUGCCUCUAUCUUGAAUCCCAAUGAAUUACUUACAGUACCAGUCAAAAGUUUGGACACACCUACUCAUUCAAGGGUUUGUCUUUAUUUUUUACUAUAUUCUACAUUGUAGAAUAAUAGUAAAGACAUCAAAACUAUUAAAUAAUACAUAUGGAAUCAUGUAGCAACCAAAAAAGUGUGAAAAAAAUCCAAAUAUAUUUUAUAUAGCCA